GCAUAUAACAUCAGAGAAGUUCUAUGUAGAAGCCUGUGAUCAUGGAGCAGAUGAUGUGCUUGCUAUUGACAGAGUCUCCACGGAAGUCACUCUUACAGUUAAGAAAGAUGUUCCCCCUUCAGCUGUAACAAGGCCUAUAUUUGGUAUUUUGGGAACGAUCCGAUUGGUGGCAGGCACAUAUCUUAUUGUAAUAACAAAAAAGAAAAAAGUAGGUGAGAUUUUCAGUCAUGCAAUCUGGAAAGCAACAGACUUUGACAUCCUCUCCUACAAAAAGACCAUGCUGCACUUAACUGAUAUUCAGUUGCAGGACAACAAAGUAUUUUUAUCAAUGCUUAACCAUGUCUUGAGCGUGGAUGGGUUUUACUUCUCAACAAGCUACGACCUAACACACACUCUGCAGCGCUUAGCCAACACGAGCCCAGAGUUCCAGGAAAUGAGCCUCCUAGAGAGGGCAGAUCCACGGUUUGUAUGGAAUGGACACCUUCUUAGAGAGUUUGCUGCUCAGCCAGAGAUCCAUAGGUUUGCUACGCCAGUGAUGCAUGGAUUUAUCACUAUGCACUCUUGCUCUAUCAAUGGCAAGUGUUUUGACUGGCUGCUUGUUUCCAGAAGAAGCUGUUUCAGGGCUGGUGUACGCUACUAUGUAAGAGGCAUUGAUUCAGAAGGGCAUGCUGCAAACUUUGUUGAAACAGAACAAAUUGUGCAUUACAAGGGAAGCAAAGCAUCGUUCGUUCAGACCCGUGGAUCAAUUCCUUUUUUCUGGUCUCAAAGACCAAACCUCAAGUAUAAACCAAAGCCACAGAUCAGCAAGUCAGUAAAUCAUAUGGAUGGCUUCCAAAGACAUUUUGACUCGCAAAUAAUUAGCUAUGGAAAGCAAAUGAUUGUCAAUUUGGUUAACCAAAAAGGUUCAGAGAAGCCUCUUGAGCAAACGUUUGCGAAAAUGGUAACCAGCAUGGCAAAUGGAAUGGUCAGAUACGUGGCGUUUGACUUCCAUAAAGAGUGCAGUCGGAUGAGGUGGGAUCGACUCCAGAUUCUGAUGGAUAAACUAGCAGACCAGCAAGAUGAGUUUAGUUAUUUUCUAGUGGAUUCGGAUGGUAAAAUUGAAGGAAUAUUCCGCAGUAACUGCAUGGACUGCCUUGAUCGGACUAAUGUGAUCCAGAGCUUGUUAGCACGCAGAUCUCUUCAGGCCCAGCUUCAGAGGCUAGGUGUUCUGCAUGUGGGACAGAGGAUUGAAGAGCAAGCAGACUUUGAGAAAAUCUACAAAAAUGCAUGGGCUGAUAAUGCUAAUGCUUGUGCCAAACAAUAUGCUGGAACUGGUGCCUUAAAGACUGAUUACACAAGAACUGGGAAGAGAACUCAGUGGGGCUUAAUAAUGGAUGGCUGGAACUCAUUGAUACGUUACUACAAAAAUAACUUUUCUGAUGGAUUUAGACAAGAUGCAAUUGAUCUUUUCCUUGGGAAUUAUUCAGUGGAUGAAGUAGAACCUGCUAGUCCUCUACAUGACAAGAAAGAUUGGAAGUUCUUAGCUUUGCCUAUUAUUAUGGUGGUUGCUUUCUCCAUGUGCAUUAUUUGUUUGCUAAUGGCUGGUGAUACGUGGACUGAGACACUGGCCUAUGUGCUUUUCUGGGGAAGCGCAAGCUUUGGAACUUUUGCUAUCAUCCUUUACAAUGGCAAGGAUUUUGUAGAUGCACCCAAGCUGGUCCAGAAAGAGAAGAUGGACUGAAUUUGUGUGUGUGGAAAGCGGCUUGGUACUGAGGAUUCUUCAAGCCACACUUGGAGUCUCUACUGACUUGCUUUCCACACCAAAUAGUGGUCUCCUGAACUUUUUUCCUUGGCAUUGGUGGGGGGGGUGGAGGAGAGGAAACAAUGUCUGGUGGUGGUGAUGGUAGCUUUCAACUGAGACCUGACUUGACAGUCUUAGUUGCAAUGGUCUUUGGAAUAUUGCAUUAGUGGACAGGGCUCCAUGCUUUGUGGGGUAAUGCAAAGAUGAAAGCCAAGUAUUUGGUGUCUGGAUUGUUUGAGAGCUUAAGUGGACUGCUGAAGCUUGUGGUCCACCUGGGCUGUUUCAGCUGUAUCUUGUCCUCUGCCUUGACAGGACAGAGCUCUGAUGUUAACGUGUCAAAAUACCCAAAUGUUGAAGCAUUAAUAAUGGAGCAUCUGAUAGUGGACUCUGAACAAAUAUGGCUUCAUACCAAUAAAAAGUCUAGGUCCAGACUUACAGCUGGAUUACAUUUGUUGUGGUAAAGUCCUGUGUUAGAGUCCUUUGUGCAUAUUUGUGUGUGGAUUCUUUUCACUAAAUACGAAAGACCUCUUGAAUCCUAAUGCUCUUCUAAAAUGAGGUUUUUUUGUCCUGUCUUGUUUAUCUAGAACUGAUGCAAUAUUCUGCUAAUCAUUGUUCGGGUGAAAGGGCAGUGUAGUUGGAUGUUCCUGAAGUUGCAAAUGUCUUGCACUGUUUCAAUACUACAGUCUCCUUAUGAAAAUUCAGUAGUUAGUGAGGUUAAAAUAUAGAAUUUUCUUUCUAAAGAUGUAAAUGAAAACAAAGAAUGUAAAAGUCCUUUGCAGUGUUUAUUGAACCUUCCUUAUGCUAAAGUUCCAAAGUAUUCCAUUACGUUAUGAAUGGGUCACAACAUAAAAGAUGAACUUCACGUUGUUUUGCUAGUCAGCUGCUUCUAUCCUUGGUUAUGUCGGGACAAUUCACGACAGGAGGAGUAACAACCUGAGGAGAAAGUGUUUAGUCUAAACUCCGUGUUUGCACUUGAGAGCAGCAGCUUACUUUUCAUGCAUGAUACUGUAACACACUCUUU